AUGAAGGGUGCCCUGCUGUCUACUUUGACUUCAGCAACUCUUGUGGAAGGAAAGGAUGAUAAAUGGGUAUGGAUGGCGAAUGAAGAAGGCCAUUACAGUGUGAAAUCAGCGUUUCAAUUGUUGCAGGGCCUCACUAUAGCUGAACCGAUUCUAGAAUUUGAGACCUUGUGGAAGUGUUUUGCUCCCUCAAAUACGCUUGCGUUUGGCUGGAAGACACUUUGGGGGAGAAUUCAGACAAGAACUAAUUUAAAUCGAAGAGGAAUCCUACACAAUGGAGAUUCUUUGACAUGUGCUUUCUGUUUGGGAGAGGAAGAAACUUUGGAACAUCUUUUACUGCACUUUUCUUUCUCUUCUCAAGUUUGGCAAAAGUGCUAUAGGUGGCUGAAUAUUCUUACAGUGCUUCCAGCAACAUGUGGCAUGCAUUUUCUUCAACAUGGGGGUGAAUUUAUGACAGCAAAUAAGAGGCAGGGAGCAAAAUCAAUGUGGCUUGCAAUAGUAUGGACUUUAUGGCUCUCAAGAAACAAAGUCAUUUUUCAAAAUGGCCCAAGGGAUGUAGAAAAGGUGUUUGAUUCGGCUCAAUUGAGGGCAUGGAAUUGGUUGAGGGUAAAAAAUAAUAACUUCUCUUUUACACCAUAUGAAUGGAUUUCCAAUACAAGACUCUGUUUGGGCAGCCUUUGA